AGCCGCCGUUUCCUCCGCCUUUCGCGCUCUAGCCACCCGGAAAGCCCAGCCUAAGGGAAGCUGGGCACUGAUUGGCUUCUUUGAAAGUCUACGGGAUACCUGAUUGGUGGAUCCAGGACCCUUUAGCGCGGAUCUACCAUACCCAUUGAUUAACUAUGGAAGACUAUACCAAAAUAGAGAAAAUUGGAGAAGGUACCUAUGGAGUUGUGUAUAAGGGUAGACACAAAACUACAGGUCAAGUGGUAGCCAUGAAGAAAAUCAGACUAGAAAGUGAAGAGGAAGGAGUUCCUAGUACUGCAAUUCGGGAAAUAUCUCUAUUAAAAGAACUUCGUCAUCCAAAUAUAGUCAGUCUUCAAGAUGUGCUUAUGCAGGAUUCCAGGUUAUAUCUCAUCUUUGAAUUCCUUUCCAUGGAUCUCAAGAAAUACUUGGAUUCUAUCCCUCCUGGUCAGUUCAUGGAUCCUUCACUUGUUAAGAGUUAUUUGUACCAAAUCCUACAAGGGAUUGUGUUUUGUCACUCUAGAAGAGUUCUACACAGAGACUUAAAACCUCAAAAUCUAUUGAUUGAUGAUAAAGGAACAAUUAAACUGGCAGAUUUUGGCCUUGCCAGAGCUUUUGGAAUACCUAUUAGAGUAUAUACACAUGAGGUAGUAACACUCUGGUAUAGAUCUCCAGAAGUAUUGCUGGGGUCAGCUCGCUACUCAACUCCAGUUGACAUUUGGAGUAUAGGUACCAUAUUUGCUGAAUUAGCAACUAAGAAACCACUUUUCCAUGGGGAUUCAGAAAUCGAUCAACUCUUCAGAAUUUUCAGAGCUUUGGGUACUCCCAAUAAUGAAGUGUGGCCAGAAGUGGAAUCUUUACAGGACUAUAAGAAUACAUUUCCCAAAUGGAAACCAGGAAGCUUAGCAUCCCAUGUCAAAAACUUGGAUGAGAAUGGCUUGGAUCUGCUCUCGAAAAUGUUAGUCUAUGAUCCUGCCAAACGAAUUUCUGGCAAAAUGGCACUGAAUCAUCCAUACUUUAAUGAUUUGGACAAUCAGAUUAAGAAGAUGUAGCUUUCUGACAGAGUUUCCAUGUGUUGUGUCGAGAACAGAUAGCUGUAUUUUUACUGUUAACUGUUUUUGUGUUGUGUAUUUUUCUUUUCUUUGUUGUAAAAUUUAAGCUGUGCCUCACCUUCUGAUUUCAAAAGUGUAACUUAAAAAUGUAAAUACUGUUCUAUAUGAAUUUAAAUAUAAUAAUUCUGUAUAUGUUUGUAGAUCCCACCGUAACAACUAUUUGUUACUAUAAUAAAACUAUAUAAAUCUAGUACUGAUGUCAGGAAUUGGGAAAAAUUUGAGUUAGCUUAAAUCAUCUAAAAUCCUACAGCAGUCUGCUUUUCCUGUAGUUGGAAAUACUAAACUUUACGAAAGUGUGCUAAGUUGAAAAUUCAUAAUGCUUUGAAGUAUUUUUAUGCUCUGAAUGUUUAAAUUUUCUUGUCAGUUUCUUGCCAUGUGGUAACUCUACAACCUGCCCAAAGAUGAAUAUUUUUCUACUGGUAUUUCAAUUCGUGACCUAAAUGUUUAGGCAUUCAGAUGAGAAAACUAUCCAGAUUUGAGAACUGACGCUUAAUUUAGAGAGGUUUUUAGUAACUUAUAAAACUAACAUUAGCGUAUGCCAAAGUUUGCUAAGUUUUACAGUCAGAGAUUAAGGGCUGUCCACAGCAGGGAAGAACAGUUUAGAAAAUUUAUGGGCUAUCCUAUUUUUAGGUAGGUUAUGAAAGUUAUUUGUCUGAGUGAAUUCUUGUGCUUGGUCAGAGGUAAUAACUAUACAAAGGAGUAGUGGCUUAUCUUGGCUUUCAAGCCUGACUUUAAAACUCGGUUUGUAAAUUUUGACAUAGUUUAGUUUAUUAGCAGCCUUCUUCUAGUUUAUUAGCAGCCUUCUUAGAAGGUUCUAAUGUAAAAUUAUUUAGCUAAAAUCACUAGCUUUGGGAAUUGUUUAAUUAAUAAUGCUGCUCGUUGUGAUUUUUACCUGUAAGCAGGCUAAUUUAUUUGUUAUAGCCUAGAGAAAUGUCUCUGAAAAUAGUUUUAUCAUUUUUAGUGUACAUCUAUCCAUUGUCUGCCCAUAGACUCUAUUUUUCCUCCUGGUUACCUAUGGCUAGAAUGGGCAUUCUUGUGUGACUGAUCCAGUUGAUUGAACAUGUAAUGGGUGAUCUACCUAAUCUUGUUGUCUUAGAAUUUUUGCACUUGAGGAGAAAGGAUGGGUCACUUUCUUUGGCAACAGGGCUUAUAAGUUGAGAGUUUUGGUGGCCUUGUCCUAGGUGCUUUGGUGGAAGCCCGCCUGCAGUAAGGGAAUGCAGAGCUUGGAAGUCAUUUGAGGUCAUACUGUGGAGAGAUUUCAUGGCGGGAAUUUGUUAAAUGAGAGGUCACACCAAAGAUUGAAUUGAGAUGGUGACGUGGUGUAUCUGCAGAAUUGUGUUUUCUUACCUAUGAAGUGAAGUAUUGAAGUGAGUCUACUUUUCAAAUUGUGCAUUGCAGCCCUUUAGCGGUUCAGGGUCAGCAUUAAUCAAUCAUACCCUCCCCCCAUGCUGAAACUACUGGUGUAUCUUAUAUAAUUAUUUCUUGGUGUUUUUGUUUCAAUAAUAUAUAGAUGCACUGGUGUCGCCAAUGUUUGGGGCCUUGUGGACUUGGUAGAAGCAGCAUGCAUCCUCACUACUAUUGUUCCAUGCAGUCUAAUUGUUUGAAAAGUCAGUAAUUCAUCAAUUGAGAACCUCCUUAGUGGACCAGGGAAAUGAGACUGUAGAACACUGCCAACAGUUGCUGUAAUGAGUGACCACCCUUCCGUCCUGCUCCAGCUAUCUGUGUAGUCCCACGUGAAGUGUUUAUGUCAGCUUGAGUGACUGGGUGAAGAGCUACUGAAUUGGGUCCUCAUCUCGUGCAUAUUUUUACAUUGGCUUGUGCCAUGGUGCUUCUGAUUAAUUUUAAAGUGGAUCUUUUCUCUGAGCUAAUAGUUCUUAUAUUUGUUGUGUGCUAGAAACACCUGAGACUAAUGCUGGUCCCACCCUGAACAAUUCUGAAAUUGAAAAUUUGUCUCUUUUCAAAAUUUCCCCAGGGUGAUUCUGACGUAGCCAGUUAUUACCAGUUGGUGGUGAGUUUAACAACUUUGGACCGACAUUUAGUUUUAGUUGUCUCAAAACUUCAUGUCACCUUGCAUUAUCUUUAACUUGUUCUAUUUCUGUUUCAGGCUGUACUCUUUAGUGAGGGGAGGGGCUUGUAUAUUUCAUCACCAAUAGACGACUUCCAUAUACUAUGACAAUUGCUCUACCUCUCAUUGUCCGUAGGCUUUAGAGAAGGGUUUUUUUUGUUGUUGCUGUUAAAGUUAAAAUAUAUAGGCAGUAAUGGUGCAAAGAAGUUAAUACGUAAUUUGUAGUAAAAUCUUACUAAUUUAUGUGUGGACAUGGCGUAUGUGAAUUAAAUGUUUGAAAAAAAAUGAUAGUGUUUUAGAGUUAAUAAAAGGUCUUUUGGGGACUUAGAUUAACAUACUAAAAUAAUUUUUAAUUAGUAAAAAGUAAUUUUUAAAGUACUUAAGGAGACUUGAAAGUUCUACUAGGUGGAAUACACUUCCACUUUAGUGCCUUUAGCAAACUGUAGUUCAUAAUAGGUCAACUUCAGUUCCACGCCUUUUAAAUGUUGCCAUAUUCAAACUGAAGUCGGUGAGGUUCCAUGGGACCCUCGGAUCAUUUUACAUUUUGCGGACAGAGUAGAGACAAUUAGAGAUGUUUGUGGGCUAUGGAGUUAAGAGAGUAGUGGGCAUUGUUUAAAUAAGUCUGGGACAAGAUGGAUAGAGUAUUGAAUGAUUAAAGGGAAAGCGAGGGAUGGAGGGAUCAAGGGUGAAAGUCCCUGAAGAGAGAGGUACUUCCGACCUAAAAAUAGCAUCUAGUAGAAGGCUCAGGUGGGAUAUUAAUGGUACUGACAAGGAUUGUAACUUUAGACCCUUUGGAGAAAGGAGUGAAGUUUAAUGAAGUAUUUGGAAGCAAGACUAGACGUUUUUAGUCCCAUGCUGUCAUGUAAAUAUCAAGUUUCUAAGAUGCCUUAAAAGCUUCAGAAGAGAUGCAUUGAGAGUCAUAGACUUGUUGAGGAGGAAAAAAGGUAUCACAAUACCAGCAUUCCUGAGAAUGCUGAAUUAGGGUCUCCUGGAGAGCUUGUUAAGAGAUUCCUGGACCGUCCCCAGCAUGUGAUUCAGUACAUCCUGCGUAGCCACGAAUAUACUUUCUUAACAAGUUCCCAGGUGAUGUUGCUGGUGGCCCAGGGACCACACUUUGAGAAUCACUGCCUGGAUGGUUCUCAGAACUCUAGAGAACUGAACAGAAACCUAGCUAUUUGGUCAGCUUA